GCCGUCCCUUUACGCAGAGUGCAUUACGCAUCAGUGGACUAUAGAGCGAGUACGCCGCACAAGAACGCACGUUUCCGUCCCAAAAAGUAUUUUAGGAAACCCGUAUCACCCAUCCCUUCCGCACUGCUUUGGACUUAAAGGCAUCCCGCGUUUUCCGAGGAGUCUGGACAACUACUACUCUUCCUCCCCCUUUUUUUUUACCCUUGGAUCUAUAGCUCCCGAAAAGCGCACUCCCUGUGCUUUAAAAUGCAAGUCGGACGCAAAUCGUGUUGGAGGCAAUUGCAGGCUUCUUUUUUCAGACUGCUGUGUCUUAUCCCCACAGGAUUCCCCGUCCGGAGUGUGGAUAUGCAGCGGGCCACCGACAACAUCACCGUUCGCCAGGGCGACACAGCGAUUAUAAGGUGUUACGUGGAUGACAAAGUGUCCAAGGUGGCCUGGCUCAACCGAUCCAACAUCAUCUUUGCCGGCCAGGACAAGUGGUCUCUGGACCCAAGAGUAGAUCUGGUCACUAAAGGACAACUGGAGUACAGCCUGCGCAUACAGAAGGUGGAUGUGUAUGACGAGGGCUCGUACACCUGCUCCAUACAGACUAAGCAGCAGCCCAAGACCUCACAGGUCUACCUCAUUGUACAAGUUCCAGCCAACAUCUACAAGGUGUCAGAAGACAUCUCAGUGAAUGAAGGAAGCAACUUGACACUCAGCUGUUUGGCCAGUGGCAGGCCGGACCCUGCGAUCAACUGGCGGCUGCUCAACCCCUCAGCAGAGCCGUUGGACGGAGAAGAGUACCUGGACAUUAUAGGUAUCAUGCGAAACCAAGCGGGUCGUUAUGAAUGCAAGGCCAGUAACGACGUCGCCACACCUGAUGUCAAAUACGUCAACGUGGUCGUCAGCUACCCUCCAACAAUAAAGAAAACCCAGAGCUCAGAGACUCCAGUGGGCCGCAUGGGGACACUGCAGUGUGACGCCACCGCUGUGCCCACACCGGAAUUUGAAUGGUACAGAGACGAAAAAAGGCUGUCCAACGCCCAAGGCAUCAAUAUCCAGAUUCUUGGCACUUCCACUAUUCUCAUGAUUGCCAAUGUCACCGAAGAGGAUUAUGGGAACUAUACAUGUGUGGCCUCGAACCGACUGGGCGUCCAGAAUGCCAGUCUCUUCCUCUAUAGACCCGGGACAGGUCGAGAUAUCAACGGCUCUGCCUGUGUAUCUCAAUCACUGUGGCUCCUGUUGGCCUGCUUCGCCUGCCUUUUCUUCAAGUGUUAAUACCGCUGCCCUCCUCUUCCUCUUGUUCGCUCCCCUGGCCUUCCUUCCUCCUCCUCCUCCUCCUCCUCCUCCUCCUCUAUGUCUCCAACUCACCGACAUCCUUAUUGCUACCUUAUUACCAACUUUACCCCCCCCCCCCCCCCCCCAGACUGUUUGCAUCAUGAUACGAAAACCUUAUGUGCUCUUGAGCUAUUACGAAAAACCAUGGGUUAAGAGUAAAAUGUUACAAGAACAACACAAAAAAAACAGUGAAAUGAAGGACAGAACAAGCAAACAGUGCUCUUUUAAAGAAUGUCAUUGUUCUUUUUAAUUUGUAUGCACUUCUUUAUUUCUGCUAUAUCUUGUCUUCGGGGUCUGGAUCGGGUUCGGGAUUUGUUGUAUUUUUGUCUUCAUGGGAAAGCAGAGGCACCCGCUCACAGGGCUGCCAACAAUCAUUUGUCUCGAGAAGUACUGAAGACAAAAGGUUCAUUUAUUCUUACUCCCAUAGAUGAAUUAUUUUAACUUAAAUUGUAGAUUUAACUGAGUGUUUAACCAGUGCAUUAAUGAGCAACAUGCAAAGUACCUGCCAAAUAUCCAUAAACUAUAUAGAUUUGAAACUAACACACAUGCAGAAAUCAAAGGGAAAACACUGCAGAUGGUUCUGUAAUGACAUUAGAGUUUGAUAUUAAAGUCUGUACUACCAUCAUCUAAUGCUACUAAACUGAAACAUAGAGCAUUAGCCGAAUGCCUCAACCAAUCAACGACAUCGUUUCUAGAUUCAGCAGUCACUUGGGUCAGUGCUGUCGAGCCCAAAAAUGGAGAAUGCAGUGAAUAGAAUCGACUUGAUCCUACUGAGCUAAACCAUGCAGAGUACAAACCUGAGGAAACGAGUUUAUCUUGGAUACUUACAUCUUCAUUCAGUGGCUUUGCAAACCACUCGCCUUUAUCCCAAAAGAAUUUCUCUUGUCUUUUGCAGCAGAAAAAAAAGAAACACAGUAGGUUAUAAUGAUGCGUACUGUACAUAGUAAAAUUUUGUAUUUCUCUAUGAUAAGACGACUUGUUCUGCCACUGUAACAACAGGAAACAGAGAAAAAUUGUUGCAGUGAAUGUUGCUUGUUUGACCACCAACCAACCAUCGUGUGGAGUUUGUCUCUGCUCCACUGCAGGCUGCGCCGCAUUAAACUGCAUACACUGUACCUCAUGCAGUGUUCGCUUUUAGUUUACGAGUUUAAGGAUCAUUCUUCUAUACUGCUGGAAUUUGGAUAAAAAUGUAUGACACCAAUGAAUGACUUACUUUUUAGUUUUUCUCUUUCAAAGAAGUAUGCGUGUUUUAAUAUGAAAUGAUACAGAAAAAAUGCAUAAUAUAUUGAUAUUGAGGUUAUUUUUUUCUGUCUUUACCUCAUUCAUUUUAGUUGUGUAUAUAUAUAUACUUGAAUCCAAUGUCCUUAUACUAUAUGAAAAGGCUAAUUUUAUGUGUCCAUGUUUCUGAAUAGGGUAGCAAUUUGUUUGAAUAACUUGUAGAUCUCUAUGAACUGGCAACCCUGCUCUAUCAUGUGAACCGAAGCCAAUUAGAAAAAAAAUUAUGUUUUUUAAAAAGCAUAAAAAGAAGAUAGUUUUGUGCAGUUAUUAUUGUACCUAUCCUUGAGAUGAUACAAGUGCUGGCUUAAAGAGAACGGAAUAUUAUGUUUAGCUUGUAAUGCUGUACCACCAGGAAUUGAGAAGCAGCAAACAAAUAAAUACAGAAUUCUUAUCCAGCUCAGUGGCCAUCAAAGUCAUUGUGCUGCUAUUAAAUACUAAAUAUUACCAUUAUAUCACACGUCCUGCAGAAACGUUUGUCAUCACACCUCGCCGAUCACUGACUUUUAUUUCUUUACGAGCAAAAAAAUGGUGAAAUGUAUCGAUAUUUUGUAAAAGAAGAAGACCUUUCAAACAGUGUGAUUCUUUCAGGAAACGGCUCCUGUUGUGACGAGAUCAGCUGAAACUGGCGCACUAUUAGCUGCCUUCUUUUGCGAUUUAUUUUGAUCUACUGUGAGGUGACUAACAGCAUACAGACUCCAGCUCCGCUGCUGGACUGGAUGUGUGUUCGCGUCUCCGCUCUUCUAACAACCAAGCCGAGAAAGUACCAGUACUGUAAAACACACGUGUAAUUAAUGUCAUCCUUGUCAUACAUUAAAGAAAUUGUCCCCGGUGUUUUCAUUGUAAAUGCUUCUGAGGCCAUGGCUGUGUGUCUUUGUAGUGUUGGUAAUGCCAUUUGAUCCCUGAUCUGCUUUUCAUGUGGGCCAAAAGGGUAGAAGUAGAGAUGUACUGAAACAGGCCACGGUUCCAAUCAAAGCUGAAGCAUUUAAACAGUUAAAAGAACAUUGCUAUCACCUCUAUCAGUCAAAACAUUAUCUUACUAUCAGAUUUAUCAGUCUAAGAAGUGAUAAGAAAGCUGCUUUAUUCUGUCAUCAUCUUACACGUUUCAUGUGUUUUUCUACGACUGAACAGCUCUAGUGUAUCCACUUUAACAUGGAUUAACUUGACUCCUGAUGUUUUUCUACUACAUUGUUACUUCUGCAGACUCUCUUACUACUGUUUAGCCUCUGGCUAACUCAAACUUGAGGAUGCCGGUUUGUCAGCGACAGUAGUAAGAUGUGGAUGAUCUGGAGGUUUGCAUGAGAGGUCUGUGAGAGUGUCUAUUUCUGUCUUGCUAUGUGUCAUGUCAAAGAAAACCUCAGGGCAGAGCAAGGCUGCUGUUGGGCAGACUCUCAGACAAACAGAAAUGUCUUUUGUUUUGUUUUUGCUGGAGGAGACCCUGACAGACCACCAGAGCAGGGUCAAAGAUCUCCAACGUGUGCUCUGCAUUUAUUUUGAACCUGCUUGGAAUGCUUGACAGGUAGAGGAAUAUCAUCUUAAAGAAUGCUACAGUAUUCUGUCAUUCUUUAAACGUUCUCCCCAUUCAGGUGAUAUUCAUGUGGAUGUCCAAUGCAGGUUAAAACCAUACAAUAAGCACUAAUGGAUACUAAGACCACGUAUGUAAAAGCCAUGGAGCUCUGUCUUAUCCAUAACCCAGAAAGGAAUAAGGAAGAAUCACCUUCCAUUGCUCAUAGAGACUGACAGCCAGCCUAUGGACACAGCACCAACCCCCAUGUAGACAGACCUGGAUGUCUACUGAAGAUACAGCUAUCUAGUUUACUAUUGAGCAUUGCCUCUAAACAUCACCGUCGCUUCACUGUACAAAACUGGCUUGUGUAUGUGCGCGUGUGUGUACUCUGAUUCUGUUCAUUAUUAUUAACCCACCUGAGAAGUUAGCGUGAGGCAUGAGCUACAUGAUGAGUUGGCCAAACGGCUAACUUUCCACUUUCCGUUGAGCUAUGGUUACAGUAGUAACCUUCUAUUAUCCUUUUCUUUUUUUUCCUCUGUGUGUAUAUACAGUGUGAUGUUGUAAAAUCAGCAAAUCCAUGAGAUCGUGUUUAUACAACUCAACAGUUAAAGAUUCAAACAGCAAAUGUAACUAUCACGUUUGUACCUCGCUUCCCUUUGUCCUGGGACAUUAAGAUUCAUUUAUGGAUAAUGACACAGCAAUGUCACCUUUUGGUUUCCGUUUAACCUCACUUUAUUAUGGCAUAAGGUAAUUGCAGUCAGUUUCUUUAAAAAAAAAGGUAUGUAAUAAAGGUAUAUGAGAAAAUGUUCACAACACAAAAUAAAGCUGUUUGAAUUCAAUGUUCUGUAUUUGAAUGUGACUUGAGAUGUCGCCGCAAGAAACCUGUUUUGUUUUUUUUGGGAGAGCUUGGAACACACAGAAUCUUAAUGGUACAAUUGUGUUUAUCACCAUGUAACAUGCAAAUAAAAUAAUAUAUGUAUUGUCGUA